CCCGUUCAACCACCCGCACACGGCCCCACCACGCGCUCCCCGUGACCCAGGGCCGGGCCGGGCCGGGCCGGGCCCCUCCCCCGGCGCUGCGGGCCAGCCAUGGCGGCGACGCGGGCCCGGGCCUUGCUGCAGCAGAGCGUCUCCGCCCGGCUGCAGGUGCGGCCGCCCGAGCGCGGCUCCGAGGCCCAGUGGGUGGAGAUCCAGAGAGGACUUGUCAUCUACAUAUGCUUCUUCAAAGGUGCUGAUGAGGAUCUUGUCCCAAAAAUUGUUGAUACGCUCUUGAAUGUUAAAUUAAGUGAAAAUGAAAACGGCGAGCUUGUCUCUGUUCUUGAUUUACCAGGUGAUGUACUUAUCAUACCACAAGCUACCCUAGGUGGUAAACCAAAGGGAAGAAAGAUGCAGUACCAUGCAAACAUUGAAAAAGUAAAAGGGUUGGAACUUUAUUCUCAGUUUGUGACUUUGUGUGAAAAAGAGGUGGCUGCCAAUGCCAAAUGCAUGGAAGCUGGUGUUCUUGUCAAGCAUGGCACAUAUGGAAACAGGCAGGUGUUAAAACUGGAUACAAAUGGACCUUACACUCAUCUGAUUGAAUUUUGA